GCAGCUCAGCGUGGCGAGGCCAGGAGCGAUGGGUCGGAAGCUGGACCUGUCGGGCCUGACGGAUGAUGAGGCUGAGCACGUCUUGAAAGUGGUUCAGCGGGACAUGAAGCUGCGAAAGAAGGAGGAGGAGAGGCUGAGUGAGAUGAAGCAGGAGCUGGCGGAGGAAGGCAGCAGAUGCUCCAUCCUCUCCAAGCAGCACCGCUUCAACGAGCACUGCUGCAUCCGCUGCUGCGCGCCCUUCACCUUCCUGCUCAACCCCAAGCGCCUGUGCCUGGACUGCCAGUACAACGUCUGCAAGACCUGCUGCACCUACAGCAAGAGGGACAAAGCCUGGCUGUGCUCUGCAUGCCAGAAGGGCAGGGUUUUAAGGACACAGUCGCUUGAAUGGUAUUAUAACAACGUGAAGAGUCGCUUCAAGAGGUUCGGCAGCGCCAAGGUUUUGAAGACUCUGUACAGAAAGCACAUUAUAGAGAGAGGAGCACUCUCUGAUCUCCCAGAAAGCAGCGUUCACGAGGGAAGCAACGACAAUGAUGGCAGCAUCUGUGGCAGCGACUCCGCCUUCUACAAACAGAGUGAAGGACACAGUAUGGCAGAGACGCUCACAGUCGCCCUGCGUGUUGCUGAGGAGGCUAUAGAGGAGGCCAUCGCGAAGGCAGAGGAGUUCAGCGACAGCUUGGAGAAGCAGAAUGAGGCUCGGUAUCUGCAGGACCACAAAGAGGAGCUCAUAGAGGAACUUGCAACAACAAUUGUACAAAAAAUCAUUCAGAGGAGGAAGCGUUCAGAGAUGCAGACAGAGUAUGACUUUGUCUGGCCUCAGCCUCAGUCCCUGAUCCAGCCCAGUGAACUGCCCUCUCCAUCUCAGCCUCAAGCUUCCUCACAAGGACCACAGGACCCCCACAAGACCUCCUACUCUCUCUGGCGAUCACGGUCAGCGUUCUCCCUCACCAGUGACGACUCCCCAGACAAGGCUCCAGAGGAGGAGGGUGCCGGGGCCGGAGGAGGCUUGCAGGACUACGCUUCUCUGAAGAGGGAGGGCAAGGCCACGUCUCUACCCAGCUGGAAGAGUGUGGACCGCCUGGACAACUCCAGUGCAUCGUCAGUGCUCCAGAGCCCAGACGGUAACUGGAUCGCCCUGCACAGCUCCCAGCUGUCCCGGCCCAGCCUGCUAACCAAGAGGAAGAGCCUGGUGUUCAGCGCGCUGGAGAAGGAGUCCGGCGUUGUGUCGGCUUACGACGAGAUGGGAUCCGACUCCGAGGAGAACGAUGAGGGUGGCUGGGGAGCAGCGCUGCGACAGUUCCGGCGCAAACUGUCCGAUGAGACUUACUACACGGACUCGCAGCACGACCCUGAGUGGACAUACACCCAGCACCUUCCCAUCACUUCACCCUCCUCUGGCCAGUACACCAACACAGAGACUCUCAACUCAGACUCAGAGGCCUCAUCAGUGCUGUCCGCAUGUCCCCGCAAACCGCCUCACAACCUGCUGAGGAAGAAAGGACCUCCAGACACACACCUGCACCCUCAUCACCAGCCGCUCUACCACCAACACCUUCACCAGAACUUCUCUCCAUAUCCGCUCCACUCAGAGGCACUGGAUGUCAACUUCAACCCCAAGGUGAUGGGAGACAGCAGCGAGGCUGAGGAUCGGCAGAUCGACCCAGUCAGAAGAUCACGGCGACGCAGAAAAAGUAAGAGAGAGUCGUCGACAGAGCAGAGCAAACCUGCAGGCCAGAGCCACACACAGUCCAUCUACCCUUUAGUACAGGAGAACAGUGGUUUUCUGCUCAACGCCCUCCUGAAGAGGGGUUUAAGUGAGGAGCAGUCACUCCCUGACACUAUGCCAAUGGCCACAGCUGCACCAGACGCCUUCAGAUUAGAUGCCAUGACACCCGAGCCAGAAGACUUGGACACAGUGGCCCCGAAUUCAGCAGCCCCCAGCCCCCCGCCGGCCCACUCUCUGGCUCCAGGGUCCCAGCACUCGCCCAGCAGCUCAGGGCCCGGAGACCCUCUGGAAGAGGAGCUGCGCUCCCGACUCAGCCAGCUGGUCAGCCGCGCCAACAGCAAAGACAGCAGCUCGUCUGAGGAGGAGAGCGCAAAGCGGCCCGCGGAUAAACAGACGGAUAAAGAAAGUGACAGACAGAGGGAGAAGACGAGGCCGAGGGGAAGUGACAGAUUAAGAGAAAGGACCAGCAGCAAGGAAAGAGAGAAAGCAAGUGAAACAGUGGAACAAGUGAAUGGACAAGAGGUGAAAAGAAGUGAGAGACUAAAAAAGAGUUCUUCAGUGAGAGAGGAGGGGAGAGUUAAGGACAGGAGGGUAGAGAUGGGAGUGGAAUGUUUGGAGGUGGACGAGCAGGAGCAGAAGAGAGGAGAAAUGAGAGAGCCCAACAGACAAAGUAAGAGACAACAUAAAAGAGAUGUGGAGAAAGAAGCAGGACAUAAAGGAAUGAGGAGGAGUGGAUCCAGUGCAAGUUCACCUGCUAUUACACCUUCUUCCCAGGAGGGGGUGCUGCCAGACAACCAGGAGGGCCAGAAUGAUUUGGAGCAACAGAAGAGGCUUCAGUUGCUCUCCUCUCUUUUACAGCAGAAGUACUCGGCAGCCUCUCUCUGCAGCAUCACCACCGAAGUGCUGAAGGUUUUGAACGCCACAGAGGAGCUGAUCGGUGAGGCAGGAGGUGAGACCUACACCCCGUCUGAAUCCAUGAGUGCUUCUCCCAUCUCCAACAGCUCCGAGACCCGCAGGCUGGACCAGAGGCUGACCAAGAUGGAGGAGAAUGUGUACCUUGCUGCUGGUGCUGUGUACGGGCUUGAGGGGGCGCUGGGAGACCUGGAGCAGUGUGCCCGCAAUAUUAAAAGUGGCACCUCAGACACAGAGCUGGCCUUCCUGGAGGACCAGGUGGCCACCGCGGCUGCACAGGUUCAACAGUCUGAACUACAGAUUUCUAACAUUGAGGCCAGGAUAUCAGCUCUGAAAACAGCUGGCUUGAAUGUGACAUCCUGCAAUCAUUUCUCCAAGUUCAAGCCAAAGGCUAAGCCUCAAACCCUGGAAUCAUCACGCCAUCAAAGGAGGAAGCUCCCAGCCCCUCCACUGAAAGAAAAGUUGGAGCCAGAGCAGCAGGUGAAAGUGUUUCGGCCGUAGUGACAGUCAGCAGCACAACGAGUCCCUCAGGGCCACUUCUGAGCCCCAGGGACGGGGGGGCCCAUCUCAUCCAGUGCCUUGACCCAGUGUCCGCCUCAAGCUCCAGGCCAAGCAGGGGCCAACACCUGCCCUGUGUGACCCACCAAGCACUCAGCCCUCAGCCAGGCACGGUACCCCGCCAGUCAGAUGCCUCACAGGAGAGAUGACUGGCUCUUUCCUCUUUUCCACUUUCUCCUCCAUCCUCUCCUCCUCAGCACGCACAUAACAUCAAGCAAGGAUGACUCGACAGUCUGUGUCUCUGCCUUAAAAAUCUGCAAACACUCCUCACGACCCAACUGAAAAGAAUAACUGUACAGACGAAAAAUAACUCUCAUUUCCUUUUUCUAUCUAUUUGCAAGAGUAUUGUGAUUUACUGUACAAUGAAGACGUGGAAAAAUCAUGUGAAACUUUCUGUGAUCCAGUGUCCCGAAAAGAGGCCAAGCCGUGUUUUAUACUGCAUCUUCUUUCUCACCAAAUGAAAUGUCAUGAGGAAUCCUAUCACAAUGUAAAGCCCCUUCAGAGCUUUUUUGGAUGAUCGUCCGUUUACACACACAGCUAUCAGAUGGUAAUCCUCAUUUGGGGAAUGAUUGUAACACCUUUUGACAUUUUAAACAUUUUAAAAAUACAUGCACUUACCAGAAAAUAAGUGUUUAAAUAUGCAGAGUAUCAGGGCCAAAACAUCUUUGUAAUUCCUUCUUGUUGCUUAAAUUGCUAGAUUGCAACAAUGGAACACAAAGCACACUUUAGAAAUUUGACAGCCUAAAAAAAAUAUUAAAAUGAAUCGUUUGGGGAAAUAUUUGCUUUUUUACGGGAGGACAAGAGGGGAAGAUGAAUACCACUCUAAUGUCUGCAUAAUGCACCUGUGAUAUCUUAGGAAAUAUUAGGAAAUUUUAUUUCAAAUUAUAAAAUGGUCGAAAUUUGAAACAUGUGGCUAAUGGUGUGAAGUGGAACAAAUUGAUAAGGUUUAUUCAUCAGAACUACUUGGUAUAUGGCAUGGAUGUAUUAUUAGAACUGGAUACUGGACCUAAAGAUGCUGCCUAUUCAGUCCAAUAACAAUUGCUUGCGUGGCGCAUAGAUCAAAAAGUUUCUAGUUUCUGGGUUUAUUCUGGGUUACACAGUUUCCUGAAUAUGCACAGUAAUUUUUCUCACCUGCCAGCAAGUUUCAGCUCUGCCUUUAGACUUUACAUUGUGAAGUUUUUAAUCACUUUUCUCAGCUAGAAGAACAUUUUAGAUUUAAAACCUCCGUCGAUCCAAAAUGAAUUAUUUAUUUAUUAAGAGUCAUUAUUGAUGUUUUAUCAUUUCUGCCCAUGGGUAAUCAUAAUUAUGUAAAUUAUAUACAAAUUAUAAUGCAAUACUUUUCCUGGGUAGGCUAUAGAUAUGAGCAGUGGCUGAGAACAGCCAGUAGUCCUGCAUUUAGUAUGUAGCCUCUUAGCUUAGCUUAGCUUAGUUUAGCUUAGGAUAAAGACUGGAAAUGGGGAGAAGAGUUAGCUUGAGUCUGUUCAAAACAGGGAAAAGUAUUACCCUAGCAGCACUUCUAAAUCUCACAAAUGUACUUUUUUGUUGCUGUUAAAACUGUACAAAAAGGCAUAUUUUGUUUUGAACCAAGAUAGCUCUUUCCCACUGAAUCAGUCUUUAAACUAAUUUUAGCUAGCAGCGUUAGCUCCAUAUCUAGUGUACAGACACAAAAGUGGUAUCAAUUUUCUCAUCUAACUCUUAGCAAAAAAGUGAAAAAGAGUACUCCCCAUAAUGAGUAACUAGUUCUUAAAUACAUGCUAACUGUUAAGAUUUACUUGGGAAGUGCUGCCCAAUUAUUGGAACAUAACUGCUCAGUACCAUACACACACACACACACACACACUACAGCCUUACUGUGGAAGCUGUGGGCUUUUACAUUGAAACAAGGUGUUAUUAUUAAUGUCUGUUUCUCAGACACACUCAGCUCAGCAGAAGUUUCCAUAUAGGUUUGACAUUCAGGUUUGAUCUGACAGCCUUCCCUCAUGCAGUAUUCUUCAACCCAAAGUCAUUUUCUUCCUCUUAGUCAUUUUCUUCGUUUACUUUCAAAAGUUGUGGCCUUUUAUUUAAACAAAAAAGUAUUUUCAUGUUUCCCCUUCAUUGGGUUAUGUCCGAACUUUUGUGUUGCAUUCGGAAAAUCUUUUAAAGAUUUUUACAUGAUGAAGUCUGACGGGCUAUAUUACAAAUGCCAUGAAACCAUGAUUUUGUUACAAGCAAUUUAUUUUUGUACUUACUGAACGUUUUUAUGCAAUAUCACUGAAAUAAGUACUAUUGCAAAUUAAAGGCUUUAUUCUCUCCUCAAAGGAGCCCUCCUCAGUCAAUCCUAUCAGACUCUCUCAUGUGUGAUGACUCAAAGUGCUUUCAGUGUAUGCCUACAUUUACCAUUUGAUAUUCUGCCAGUAAUGACGAUGGUAAAUGUUACAAAAACACGGGUGUCAACAGGCAUUUUUGGAGCGGCUAGUACGAUUCAUACUAUAUUUGUACUCCUUAAACACUAGAUUUGAGAAUACUGCCUUUUAUUUUUUGAGUUAUUUUUCUUUACUCUGUGACCACUUAGAAUAUCAGUUCGCCAUGCACACGGUUGUCAAAGUUUUUGCUGUGUCUACAGCUUCAGAGCAGAAGUGUAUUUUCUGAUGGACUGAACUAAAAGGUGUGAGGAUCUUCUGAGUGAAUGCUCUGCCCCUUCUAUUAGUGACCUUUUCAUCCCAGCCUUUCACUUCUCGGGUUUUGCACAUUGAUCCUGUACUUUUGUCAAUCUUGUUCUCCAGAGGUGUCGAUGUAUAAAAGCAUGUUUCUGGUUUUAUCAAAAUUGAUGUAAAAUUACCCAUGAGAAGCACAGCCACAAGGGUCCAAUCAUCAGUGUCCUGUAUUUUUCUAAUGUAAAAAAAUAUAUUAUCUCAUCACAGAAUUUAUUAAUAUAUGUAUAUGUGUGAAAAGAUGGAUAUGAUAUAGAAUAAUAUGUGUACUGCCCAAUCAUAGUCGACCAAUCUUUCCGUGUUGUGUGCAAGAGACUGUGUUUAAUUGUCAUGACUUGUAGGGCUGGAUUCACACAGGAAGUCUAAUUUACUGUAACUGUGUCCCAGAUACUCCGAAAUGAUGAGAUUCACACAGAGCUAAAAACAGAUCUCACUUUUGUUCCUGUUUCAAUCCAGUGUGAAUGACUACGAUGAGGUUCACUGUGCUCAGCUCCACAGGCGGGCCAUUCACUU